UCCUUCACGGUCUCGGGGUUACAAGCCGUCGACGUACGCAACUCCGCCGGAACUUCCGCCUCACAGCUCACGAUUUGUGCUAUAGGAGAUCCACGUAGUUAAUCCAAGCCUCGAAUUUGCAACGGGUCUGUUGGGAUUGAGAGGGACUUCAGCGAAAAACGAAGUUACCGGUUUGAUAUACGCGGCACAUUAUCGUCGAACAUGUCGAACAUUGAGCGCAUCUUGCAAGGCGGGCGUGGUGGACCCUCGACGUCCCCGACAGCUUCGUCGACGACUUCCGAUCAUGUUCGACCGUCGCCUUCUUCUACAUCGCCGGCCGUGUCUGGUGUCGCUGCACCGCCGCCGUCGCCACCAUCACCUCCAUCGCCCCCGACUCCUGUGCUGCCCCCGCCGGUGAAGCAACAAACACCACCAUCGCUGCAGCAGUCAACAAGCCAUUCGCAACAACCUCAGGUAGAAUCUCCGAGGCAUGCGAGCAGCCCUCGACAGAUCGGGCAGGCACCGCAACAACCACAAUCCGCAAGGCAUGUCGGAAGUCCGCGACAAAUCGGUCAGCAGCCGCAACUUCACUCCCCGCGACAACUCGGCCAGCAGCCGCAGCUACAUUCACCACCACGGCAUGCAGGCAACAGUCCUCCCCAACUUCGUCAGCAGCAACAUCACCACCUCCAACUUCAACCGCAUCCGCAACACCACCUCCACCAACCGGACCCAAAUCCGCUCUCACAGCCGUACCGAUUCGCCGAUCUCGACGAGCUCCAGCUCCUCAAACCACCCCAGCUCAACAACGUCCAAGGCAUCAGCGACACAGCCUGGGUCUCCGCCUUUGACCGCAACGCGUACGUCGCCAUCCGGCUCAAAACAAAAGGCACCCUCUCCCGCGCGCUGUUCUACGACCUCUCCCAAAACAAGCAGAACGCGGUCAUGGGCGCGCUACGGACCAAGCUGGCGGAGUAUGAGCGGGAUCCCGCGCAGCAUCCGGAGAUUGAUGCGGGUGAACAUGCGAGGUUGUUGGAGGUUCUGAGGCAUAUGGAGAAGUAUCAGAGGAAUACGCAUUCGUUUCCGGAGGCGACUAUUAGUCGGAAAAGGAAGCAGCAGGAGGAGGGUGGUGAGUCUACACCAAAAUAUGCCCGCCGCACAAAAGACCAACCAGGCUUCAGCCUCGACCAAUCCCCAAUCCCACACGUCGCCCGCAUGGUCCCCGUCCCCUUACACGCCCAAAGCCCCGGUCCCCUCCCUCCGCCGAUGGGCGGCGCUCACCGUCUGCACGACGGCAGCCCAGCCCACGGACCUACCUACUACCAAGCCGCGCCCUCAGGUAUCGGCCUACCCCCCAUCCGGCAAGACCUUGCGCCACGAACCCGUUCAGGCGGGAAGCAACGCGGGACGUCUCAGCAACAAUCACAAGUGUAUGCGGGUGCUAGUGAAACCGCGCGUCAUCGCCGCUCACCCCAGCAACAGUUCCACCGCCAACACUCCCACCCCGCCCUCCCGUCAGCGAUCAUCCCCGCCCACGCCGCCGUCGCACACCCACAACGCUACUCCCACUCCCCCGCCCUACGCGCCAUCGCCGACCACCCCCAAGCAGGCCCAGACCGCAUCAUCCGCGCCCCACCCCCAUCAUCACCAGCAGAUUUCGAAGCCCUCUCGGCCCUCGUCCGCGAACUGCAGUACCGGUGCGGCGCAAUGGGAAAGGAUAACGAGAUAUUGCAGGCGGAGAUUGCUACCCUGCGCAGAGACGCAUUUACCGUGAACGCUGAGAAUGAAGGGUUGAAGAGUAAAUUGGAGCGCUCGAUGGAUGAGGUGUAUCAGUUGAAGAGGUUGCAUUAUCAACAGCAGCAGAGAGGCCAACAGCAGCAGCAGCCGCAGGCAUCCCCGCGUGCCGGGACCGCUUCGGCGGCGGAGGAUCAGAAAGUACCCCUCGGGACACGGUCGCCGACAUCUGCCACCACGUCCGACCGCUUACGAACGGCGGUUGAGCAUGUUAUCUCGCAGCGGAUGGGGACGGCGGUGGACGCUUUUGCGGAUGUGAUGCGCGGGGCGUUGUAUGAUUUGGGGAGCGAGUUGACGCAUCCAUCUGAGGCCGACCGGCCUUGAACACGACGACAUCCCCGACUUUCUUUAACAUAGCAUAGUUGCCAACAUCGAUAGAAAACGGGCGUAAACAUCAGACAUCCGCAUCAUCCGGGGGCGUAUCUAUCUCUAGUUAUCUAUCCCAACAAAACCUCGUUUUUGGCCCCCUGCAUUCCAUUUGAGAAACGAAAAUGUACAUUGUCCCCAUCGAGGUUGACGUCCCCCCAUCCCCACCUGUAUAUAUGAUGUCUGAUCUUUUGCGGGGCAUCAGGGAACACUUAAAUUAAAGAAGCAUUGUAUUUAUCAUGGC